CCCCCACCUUCCCCCUUAGCGACGCGGUUUAAUUUUCGGAUCGUCCGGCAGCCGCGACGAUGGACUCCCACUACGCAGGUUACGAUGCCAGUGGUGCUUGGAAUACCGGAGCAACCAAUUCUCAACGAUAUGAUGGUUAUGAUUACAGCUACACCCAGGAUAAUAUACCUUGUUCUGAUACAAACUACGGCUACAAUGCUGGCAGCAAUACCUGGGAACCUCCAAAAAAUGUAGCUACGGAUACGAUCAUUGCUAAAAUCAACCAACGCUUGGACAUGCUGUCCCAGCUGGAGACUGAAAACCAGACGCAAGAAGAGCCAUAUCAGGAAACCUAUCAGGAGUCCUACCAAGAACCGUAUCAGGAGCAGUACCAGGAGCCUUACCAAGAGUCUUACGAUGAAAACAGGUAUUUCGUGGGACGCCAGUACAAACAGGAAGAAGAGUAUGCACCUUAUGAGUCCUACGACUCCAGGUCUUCACUGAAUGACCAGGAUCUGUACAGAUCUGGCUACGGUUACAGUGAAUACGGACCUAAUCGUAACGAUUCUUACGGAGGUCGGUAUGACCACUACGACAGCUCCUACGAGACUCGCCACGAUCCGUACCAGAACCGACGUGACCUAUACGGCCCCUCUUACCACCGGGGCCAGAACUGGUCUAGAGACCGGCCUCCGUAUAACCGAGCCAAUCGGAACGACCCCUUCAUGUCACCAGGUUCCGGGCGAAUGUCUGCACGCUGGAAUGAGCUGUCAAUGGGAGGCCGGGGCCCCAACGCCGCCCCCGCCAGGAACCUCCCAUCGCUCUUCUCCCCAAACAUAAUCCCCAUGGACCUGUUCAGAGGUCAGGGAUCGGGAAGACCUUUAGGAGGUGGCAGACAGCGAAGGAGAGAAAGGAUUCGAGGCAAAGUCAAAGGAGUAAAUAACGGGGGCAAGACCAUUGGAUUUGGUCGGAAAAGAAAGCAGUCUACAAACAGUCCCGAUGAACCCGACAGCAAAUAUGUGAAAACUGAAGAUGGUGAUGGAUCGGACGCAGAAGAUGACGGAGAUGGAGAUGAAUCUGGAGAUGGUGCUAUGGGUGAGGACAAGGAAUAUACUGAAAGGGAAGAAAAGAAACCAAAGCGCUUCCCAACAAUGCAAGAGAGGAAGAAAUUGAACAAACCAAAGAAAAACCGGGACCGUCUUGCAGAAAGGAUAAUGUACGCCUGCUCCGUGUGUAAAUUCCGUACAUUUGAGGACGAGGAGAUCAAUACCCACAUGGACAGCAAGUUUCACAAGGAAACUUUCACCUUCAUUGGGACCAAGCUGGAGAACCAGGCUGAAGACUUUUUGCACGAGUACAUCGUAAACAAGGUUAAGAAAACUCAGAAACGCCGUGAGAAGAUUGGCGAUAAAACUAUUCUGAAAAAGCAACUGAUGCAACACCAGGAUUUACUGCAGGAUGUUGGGUUAGAGCACUUCAUGAAGAAGGUGGAGGCGACGCACUGCGUGGCCUGUGAUCUGUUUGUCCCUAUGCAAUUCACCCAUCUCAUGCGGCACCUCAGGACACCGCAGCAUUGCAGGAACCGCAAAGGAAUGCUUGAGCGAGCCAAGAAAGGCAGCCUUGUUGUGGCUAAGAGCAUCUUGAAUAACCGCAACAUUUCCACAAUGCUGGAGAAGUACAACAAGGGUGAGAAUCCCUUCACUGAUGACGAUCCAGAGAAAGAGGACGAUGAAGACGGUGACGGAGCUGGCGAAGGGGGUGAAGGUGCCGGGGAGGGUGCAGAGGGAGGUGGGGAGGUCGAGGGGGCCGGAGAGGGGGCUGACGACGAUGGAGAGGCCGAGGGCGUUGCCAAAGAGGGCGAUGGAGAGGUGAAAGAGGCCACCCCGACUGACCAGGGCGAGAAGCAAGAGGAAGCGGCCGAAGGCAAUGCUUCCGACGCAGAAGCGGAGACGGCAGAAGCCGAAGGGGAAUUAGCUGAGGUGCAGGGGGGGGAGGGAGAUUCGCCAGCGGAGCCAGCGGUGGGGGGAAAGGGAGCGGGAGCCCAGCCAGAGAUGGGCAAAGAGCCCGCCGAGGAAUCUCUGACAGACGAGGAGGACGAGGAGCUGUUGGAGGGAGGAGAUGAGGAAGAUUUGGAGUAACUUAGUUAAAAAAAACUGUCCCUGAAAUUGUGCUGAAACCAUUUGAUUUUGUUUCUCGGCUCCCGCCCACCCAGUAAGUACCAGCUAUCUAUAUCCCUGAGGUUUAUACUAGUUUAAUGACAAGUUUUGUGUGUUGUUUAACUUGCCGGUAGGUUUGCGUUACCUACUGCACUGCAGGCUCUCACCUGAUUGUGGCUUUUUUCCCCCCCUUCGCCGAGUCCAUUUUUCCCCCUCCUGAUGUAGAACUUUUUUUUUAAAAAGAGAAAUAAAUAAAACUUGUUUUGUGUAAUUGUGAUUUAAAAUGGUCGUCAAUUGACCCCCUCUCUUAGCUUUCUUUACAAGGACUGGCAGCGUUGUUUGUUCACAGUAACUGGGGCCUGUAACUGAUCUUCAUAAACCCCAUGAAUCUGAUGGGAAGGGGAGGGGAGGAAAGGCAAUCUGGGAUCCCCCGAGUCCAGAAUUGUUUUCAGAUCAGAUCAAAUGAACAUUAUCAUUUGCCCUGCAACUGUUUUUUGUGUAAUAAGACAGGCUAUAAAUAAACAGUAGGAUUCAGAUAA